UAGGCCAAGGCGGCCCCGCCCCAGGGGCAGGCACUGUUGGACCUUGCAUAAAGGCAGGGUGCCAGGCAGAGCCGGACAGCCAGGAAGAAAGGCAGCUUGGUGAGGCCUCAGGAUGGACACAUUUGAAGACAAGCUGCGGCAGCUGCGGGAGGCCUUCAACACUGGACGGACGCGUCCUGCUGAAUUCCGGGCUGCACAGCUGCAAGGCCUGGGCCACUUCCUGCGUGACAACAAACAGCAGCUGCAGGAGGCGCUGGUGCAGGACCUACGCAAGUCAGCCUUUGAGUCGGAGGUGUCUGAGAUCGCCAUCAGCCAGGCUGAGGUAGACUUGGCCCUCAGGAACCUGCGGUCUUGGAUGAAGGAUGAGAAAGUGUCCAAGAACCUGGCCACCAAGCUGGACUCAGCCUUCAUCCGGAAGGAGCCCUUCGGCCUGGUGCUCAUCAUUGUGCCCUGGAAUUACCCCUUGAACCUGACACUGGUGCCACUGGUGGGGGCCAUUGCUGCAGGGAACUGUGUGGUACUCAAGCCCUCAGAGACCAGCAAGGCCACUGAGAAGAUCCUAGCUGAGGUCCUGCCCCGCUAUCUGGACCAGAGCUGCUUUGCCGUGGUGCUGGGGGGCCCUCAGGAAACCGAGCAGUUGCUGGAACACAGGUUCGACUACAUCUUCUUCACAGGGAAUGCUUAUGUAGGCAAGAUCGUCAUGGCUGCUGCUGCCAAACACCUGACGCCCAUCACCCUGGAGCUGGGGGGCAAGAACCCCUGCUAUGUGGAUGACAACUGCGACCCCCAGACCGUGGCCAACCGUGUGGCCUGGUUCCGCUACUUCAACGCUGGCCAGACCUGUGUGGCCCCCGAUUAUGUCCUGUGUAGCCAGGAGAUGCAGGAGAGGCUGGUGCCUGCCCUGCAGAAUGCCAUCACGCGUUUCUAUGGAGACAACCCGCAGACCUCCCCCAGCCUGGGCAGAAUCAUCAACCAGAAACAUUUCAAGCGUCUGCAGGGAUUGCUGGGCUGUGGCCGCGUGGCCAUCGGUGGCCAGAGUGAUGAGAGUGACCUGUACAUUGCCCCCACAGUGUUAGUGGACGUGCAGGAGACAGAGCCUGUGAUGCAGGAGGAGAUCUUCGGGCCCAUCCUGCCCCUGGUGACCGUGAGGAGCCUGGAUGAGGCCAUUAAGUUCAUGAACCGGCGGGAGAAGCCGCUGGCGCUGUACGCCUUCUCUAAGAGAAGCCAGGUGGUCAAGCAGGUGCUGGCCCAGACCAGCAGCGGAGGCUUCUGCGGGAACGACGGCUUCAUGCACAUGACCCUGUCCAGCCUUCCUUUUGGAGGAGUGGGAACCAGCGGGAUGGGCAGGUACCACGGCAAGUUCUCCUUCGAUACUUUUUCCAACCAGCGUGCCUGUCUGCUGCGAAGCCCCGGGAUGGAGAAAAUCAAUGACUUACGCUACCCGCCCUACUCCAGGCGUAACCUCAGGGUGCUGCUGGUGGCCAUGGAGGAAAGAAGCUGCAGCUGCACGCUGCUCUGAGCAGGGGUGC